AUGGCUCAUGAUCGAGACACCCUCUGGGCGAGUGGUUACGACGAGACAGUCGAAGUCAAUCAGCGUGCAUUGAUCGACAAGGUGUUGGCACGAUAUUCAGGCGAAUUCACAGUCUUCCGUGAACUUCUUCAGAAUUCAGAUGACGCACAGUCUUCCGCGGUUGAGAUAUAUUUUGAGACCGAGGAGUAUCUGCGACGAAACAUCAGCAAGGAUACAAUGCAACCAGAGGACGGUGUGGGCUUACCAGACCUCAAAGCCACUCCAGUUGCCCAGUGGACCUUUCGGAAUAACGGGAUUGUGUUUCGCGACGAGGACUGGAAUCGGCUUAGGAAAAUCGCGGAGGGAAACCCAGACGAGGAGAAGAUUGGCGCCUUUGGUGUCGGGUUCUAUAGUCUGUUCUCUGUGACUGAGGAACCGUUUGUUAUUUCGGGAGGUCACGGAAUGCAAUUUUACUGGAAGGACAAAACUGGAGAUCAACUCCUUGUACGGCGUGGUGACCUGCCGUCUAAAGAUGUUCCCCAAUCUAAUCCGUGGACAACUUUUGAGAUGACGCUCCGCGAACAGGGACCAAUUCCACAGCCUUUCGAUCUAACGCGAUUCCUUGCAAGCAGUAUCACAUUCAUGGUCCAUCUUCGCUCAGUCAGCGUCUUUCUAGACUCUCAUCGCCUGGCCCAUCUCGCCAAGUCUCCCGGUGUUCCAAAGGAGCUUGGGUUACCUAAAGUGUUGAAAAAUUCCAGCAGUUCGGAUACUCGUAUCCGGGCACAAGUCAUGCACGCUGUAUAUGAUCUUGGCACUGAGAGGCCUCUCGUCCUCGCGAUCGAAGAACCGCGCAAAGGUUCCCAAGGCGGUUUUUUCUCGUCUCUUCUCAGCACUUUUACGUCACACCACCAGGCUGUGCUCGCAAAACCCCUACCGCAAACCCAAAUUAAGAAAGACCCCAAGGAAGUAUAUACUUCAAGCGUCACACUCACAAUGUUCAAUGCGGACGUAGAUGUGAAGCUGGAUAAGAAACUUCAGAACGAGCUACACCGAUCUACGAAGAAAAACCCACCCAAUCACUUAAAUUACAGCCUGAUUUAUACAGGAAAAGACGAGUACAGUGUGAGUGUGGAAGAGGAGAAGAGCCAGCCCGUAUCGUGUGGAAGUGUUUUCCAGGGUCUCAGAGCUGAUUUAAAUGGUGCUGGCCAAGCACAUGUGUUUAUCGGGCACGCAACCGGACAGACAACGGGUAUCGGCGGCCAUAUGGCAUCUAGAUUUAUCCCGACGGUUGAACGCGAAUCAAUAGAUUUAGUCGACCGUAACGUCGCAGUAUGGAAUAGAGAACUGUUGUACGUUGGCGGCUAUUUGUGUCGAGCAGCAUACGAGAUAGAGCUCGAAAAUAUUCGGAUGCUCUGGAAUGGAGCUACAAGUCCAUCUAGCACGAACGGGUUUCAUCCGGAUCCAGAACUUCGCGACUGGUUGCGCGAUCGGUUCUUACACGUCCUCAAAUUUUUCACUUUCCAUGUCUCUACACCUUCUUCCGAUGUCGCACGUUUCCUUGAGGCUGCCUUCUUUGGUUGCUCCACUUCGCCCCUCAAAGUCCUUUCGACCACGGGUGUGCGUGAUGCCUCCGAUGUACGCGCUCCCGACCCCAUGUUUUCGUUGUUCCUCAAACACCUGCCCGUCCUUCCUGACCCUGUUCUAUCCUCUGCUCCUCUUGCCAUUAGAGCUCUGCAAAGCAAAGAACUGAUCACAGAUAUUACAUUUUCGGAUGUUCUGACACAACUUCGCCAGCAUCCGCUCAACGAAGAGGAACUCCUCGCUUGCCUGAAGUGGUGGGUUGGUGUCGGGCAGCAAGAUCCAACGCACGAUACUAAGCGCGCUCGCACCGAGCUUCUUAAUGCCACUAUUCUCAGUCUGGGCUCAGGAAAGGAUGCCAGGGUGAUUCCCCUUUCGAUGGUGCAGUACUUCAUUCAACAGCGUAUGAUUCCGCUGGAUGGGCCCUUACCCGAUACUCUCAUGCCUUUGAGCAUCACGAAACACUUUACGCAGGAGCAGCUGAGAUCUUUUGGGUGGCGGGAAUUUUCGAUUCUCGACUGGAUGCAGCACAUCUUUAGGCCAGAUGUUAUGAAUGCUAAUCCGGCACAAGACGUAACCAGGUCUUCGGAAUGGGCCGAGCGAGUUUUGACCGUUUUAGCUCGCACAUGGCCAUCGUUGUCGAAGGAGUCGCAUGAAAUUAUCAAGGCCACGCUCGCCCAAAAAAUGUGCAUUCCGACAUCUUCAGGCCUACAAAAGCCAGAGUUGUCGUACUUUCCCAGCGCCAAUAUAUUCAACGAUCUACCUGUCGUUACAUUUGUGUCCGGUGUUGUUAUCAAGGGCGGCGUGGAAAAGCUGCUCUCUUUCAUCGGCGUUCGGAAGCAUGUGGACCUUCAGGUUGUUUUCGAUCGGAUGGUCAAAACUGGGGACUGGACAAUCUCAGACCUGAUUAUGCAUCUAGUCACUAUUCAAAGCACAUUAACUCCAGAUGAGAUUACAAAACUUCAGAUGACGUCUGCGUUCUCAAAGGAGGGCGAGAACGCUCCUCCAGGAACGAAGAAGUCACGAUAUAGGGCUAGUGAACUUUACGAGCCAUCUGCCACCAAUCGUCAACUUGGUUUGUCGAUUAUCGAUUGGGGUGAGAAGACCAAAUGGCGAAGUAGCUCCGAAGAAGCAAAGCUUCUCUAUCGGCUCGGUCUGCGAAAAAAUCCUCCUCUAGACUUAACCGUCAAACUCUGCGCUUCAUCAGAGCCGGACAUUCGUUCCGCAGCAUUCAAAUAUCUUAUAGACAGCAUACCUUCCAGAUACCCAGACUACAGACGUGAAAAUUUUGGCCAUGUUGCUUUCAUUCCAGCGGUGAACGACUCUGGACCUCAUAUGGGAACUCCAAACGAGGUAUUUGCAUCACAUCAGUGGAAGGUACUUGGUUUUUCGGUCGUACAUGAUGCCGUUCGGGAUAUCGCAGUAAGCAAACUAGGCUUGAAGGAACACCCACCGGCUACCAGGAUCGUGGCACUGCUUGAGAAAACACCCCCUCGAGAUCAGAACGUAGCUCGUCAAUGGUUUGAGAUUCUAGCAGGCCAUGUUGCAGACUUCAGUUCAUCCCAAAUAUCGAUUAUUUCGGGUCUACCGAUUGUUCCUACGCAAGUAGAACCUGGCUCCCAGGCCUUGCGUUGGCUCUCCCCUAGCCAAUGUUAUCUUGGAGGGGCAUCGAAGGGACAGUUUCACUCAAAAUUGUUCGUCUUUGUGGAUUUUGGCCCUUCUGCCAACAGUUUUUUGAGUACAUGUGGCUCCAAGCUAGAACCCUCCGUGGAGGAGGUAGCUAGUAUUUUGGUCGCUGAUCCCCGAAGAUUCUACGAUCUGGCGGGUGGUAAAGAGAAUUACCUCAUAGAAUUGCGCAACCUAGCUGUCAACGCUCGUCUGCUAUCCACAGGCGCGGUUGCCCGAAUGAAAGUUUCUCCCAUUUUGAUCGGUUUUCGACGGCAAAGAAAGCCUCGAAAGGAAUCAGACAAAGCACUAGACCUCGACGAGGACGACUGGGAGCUGCUUUACGAUCUUCGGAAACCCCUGGAUGUUGUAAUCGCGGACGAUACUAAUGCUUACCAGAUGUUUGGGGAGUCUAUCUAUACUGCGCCACAGGAGGAUCUCCUUGAAAACUUCUACGCAGCACUAGGUUCUAAACGCCUCAGCGCUAUCGUCAAGGAAGACUACAGGGUCAACUCAGAGAUGAAGCAUAACAAGUCUGCGGCUGACGCUCGUGCGCUCCUGUUAGAGAGGCUGCCAUUGUUCCUCCAUGAACACACGCAUACGCGUACCAAGGUUUCUCUCAGCUGGCUCUCUAACGAAGAAAAUUUCAAAGUCAGGGUUUUCGGUAAAUUGACCGUAGUAAAAUCGCUUUCCUUUGGAGACAGUACUUUGAAAAGGGAGCAGGAUGCCUCGGCAGCUGCCAAACGUUCUGGCCAUGGGCCUAUUGAACUAUGGCUUUCAGGAAGCACGCAAGUGGACAUGUAUGAAGUAGCGACAUCGUUGUGUCGCCUGCUGUUUGAGACGGUAAAAGUGAACGAUGCGCUCUUGUUCAUGACUAUCCUUUCGACCGACUUGAAGUCUCUGAAACGGAGAGGUUAUAACGUGGAUAAGAUUUUGAGACAACAACAGAACGACCGAAAAUUAGUGGAGGCAACCAGGAACCGUGUCCCACCAGUGCCUACCUCAGUGUCCGAUCCUGAAUUGCGCCCGUUGUCUCCCUCACACCGAGCUAGAGUCCCAGGGGGUUGGGAUACUUCGCCUCCCAAGGCAGUAGCAUCGAAACCAUUCUUGCCACCCGCUCCGGCUCCCCCCCUUAUCCCAGCUCCACCAUCGGGAGAAGACGACUUUGGUGGUGGUACCACUGCGCCCCCUCAACGUACAGUUGACAAUGAAGACGUCGGAAGACGUCCCAUGAUUCCAAAUGUAGUGAACAACACAUUACAGAACAUCAGGCGCAAGAUACCUGGCUUCAACAGUCCAUCGGAAGAGGCUCUUACUCCCUCACAGGGGCGAUCCCCCAAUCCGAGGACACCUCCAACUGUGACUCCGCAGAGCAACAUUCGAUCGAAUGUUGCGAUGGCAAUCAAAGGUUGCAGACCAGAGGAAGGGAAGCUGGUACACAACAGACGUGAGAUGCAAACGAUCAAGGAGUCUCUAGAUGAGGGGUAUUGUGAUGUGUCCGGUCAUGUUGCUGAGCUUGAUCAUAUCGGUGCUAUGGGCACAAUGAAAAUCUUCAUUGCUCGGGAUGUUCCCGAACCUCAUACCUUCAUAAAGAGGAAACAUGAUUCCCUCGCGCGCUUUAUUCACAUUGUCACGCCCCUCGCAAACGUGUAUAGUCUUCCUAUGACUUCACUUCAUGUCUUUUACGACCUGGCUGGCGGCCUGAUUGCUUUUAAUCGGAACGGCAGUCUCUUUCUUAAUCACCGCUUCUUCGAGGCAUGGCGUGCGUGUGCAUACUUGCAGUUCCGUACUCUCAUAACAUUGUCAACUGUAGAUGACCAAGACGUGAAGAAUGGAGAUGUUAAUCAGGCUCACAUUUCCUGGUACUUCACGCUAGCCCACGAGAUCGCUCACAACCUCGUGCAACCCCAUAACUCUGAGCAUGAGUUUUACUUUUCUGCGCUCUGUGAAGCUCACAUUGAGAAAUUCACUCAACUCCUAUCUCAGUAA